AUGCAGAUGGGAGCGUAGAUUAAAAUCCUAACAUCGGACGUCCCCAUCGUCCCAUAUAUUCUGUCCGGCUCCUCCUUUUCUGUUGUUGACUUUGUUCCAUUGAUGAUGUUUCUCUCUCUCUCCUCCUUUAUCGUUGACUUCUUUCUUCCCUGCCGCCAUCACGGUUUCACUUGCUAAAACUUCAGUCCCAGUCCCCGCAGCUGGAAAUGGCGGCUUAUGGUGCUGUGGUUUCUCUUCAACAGAUUCUGAAUACUAUUCUUGAUCAGCCUGAGGAUGGGGGCCCGAUUUUUUUGAACAAAUUCCAGCUCCAAUCUCUCCGGGAAAAGGUCAGCUUCUUGCUCGAUUUUCUUGAACAUUCAUCUUCCCACAAAACAAACAACCAACCUGCACAAGAAAGCCUGGAGAAAAAAAUCAGGGACGUGGUUUAUGCAGCUGAAGAUGUUAUUGAAUCAAAGAUCAGGGAGAAGGCUUAUCCUGUCGAAGAUCAGUCCCCGAUCCAGGACUCGGCUAACGUCUUCGACGAUUUUACCGAAUCCCCGGCAUCCAGUAAGCUUACCCCGGAACCUGAAAGCAAUAGAAGUUUUUGGGAUCAAGAUCCAAUUUCUCCAGCGUUUUUCUUUGUCCAUCUUCUGAUAUUUAUCCUGGUGGGAAGAUUGAUUCCUGGUGCUAUUCAGAAACUGAUGGUUAUAUUGAUUCAAUUGAUCUUGUCUGUUACAUAUGUGAGACCUUUUACUCUAAGAGCUUUGGCUCCUGUCUGCUUCCAGAAUGUGAUACUUGUUGUGGUCCAGGUUUUGAUACCUUUCAUUGUACAAAUUUGUCUGCCUAUGUAUAUCCUGAACUUGGUAUCUGUCCUGGUCCCGGCUUUGGUACAUGUGGCUGUUCUAAAAGGGGUGUUUUUUGCGGCACGAUAUGUGCAGCUCCGAGAAGUUUUAGUUCCGGCCUGGUUUAGUCGAAUCCAACAAGUAUUAUCUGUGAAACAUAAGCUGGAUGAUCGAACCGGACAAGUAUCUUCGUCUGCUAGAGAUGAUUCUGAGCAAGAAGAUCAGGGACGAGUAUCUAUGUCUGCAAAAAUUGAUUCUGUGCAGAAAGAUCAGGGACAAGUAUCCUUGUCUGUGAAAGAUGAUCAGGAAGAUAAGGAGCUGCUCCGGUUAAUGGAGGAUGUCAUUUCCAUCACGAGAGAGGUGAUUAAGGUUAAGGAUACCUUUGGUGCGGGUGAAGGUCUUUGGCACUCGAAUGUCUUGCCUGGUGCUUCUUUAUCUAGACGAGAUUCUGGUGGCGUUAGGAAGAAUGUUGUGGUGGGAUUUGACAAAGACUUGGAACAGAUAAAGACUCAAUGGAUUGACGAUUCGUCCAAGCUUGAAAUCAUUUCAAUUGUGGGAAUGGGUGGCAUUGGCAAAACCACUCUUGCUAGACAAGUUUAUGAUGAUCCUUCUAUCUUUUAUCACUUUGAUACUCGUGGUUGGGUGGCAGUCUCUCAAGAAUAUUCUUUGCGCCAAGUACUGCUAGGCCUUUUAGAUUCUACCAAAAUGCUCACGGAAGAAAUGCAGGAUGAGAGUGACGCACGAUUGGCUGAGUUUCUCUACAAAUGUCUGAAGGGUAGAAGAUAUCUCAUAGUAAUGGAUGAUAUAUGGGAUAUAGAUAUUUGGGAUGCCGUGAGCAGAUUAUUUCCCGAUGAUAGUAACGGAAGUCGUGUCCUUCUGACUACUAGGCUAUCAGAUGUGGCAGUUUAUGCCAACUCCUCCAGCCGUCUUCAUCAAAUGCGAUUCCUCAAUGUAGAUGACAGUUGGAAUCUACUUUGCAAAAAGGUUUUUGGGGAAAAAGAUUGCCCCCCCGAACUUGAAGAUGUCGGAAGGGAGAUUGCACGAAAUUGUGGAGGACUUCCUCUAGCAAUUGUGGUAAUUGGAGGUCUCCUGUAUAAGGAGAGUAGAACUUGGAGGAACUGGAGAAGUAUAGCUGAAAAUUUAAAUUCAGUAUUUAGUAAAGAUGAUGAGCAGUGUUUGGAGAUAUUAGGUUUGAGUUAUAACCGCUUGCCUCAUCGUUUGAAACCGUGCUUUCUAUAUAUGGGGGUUUUCCCAGAAGAUUCUGAAAUCCCCGUCUCCAAGCUCAUCAACUUGUGGGCUGCAGAGGGAUUCCUGAAACCAAGUACAUCUAAAACCUUGGAAGAGGUGGCUGAGGAGUAUCUGAAAGAUCUUAUCGAGAGAAGCCUAAUCUUGGCAUGUAAGCGGAGUUGCAAUGGCAGGAUUAAAACAUGCAACAUCCAUGAUCUAUUAAGGGAUGUUUGUGUCCGAAAUGCUCAGAAGGAGAACUUUCUUGACGUUGUGAACUGGGAUGGAGAUUUAACUGAAGAAGGCAAUAGAAGCAGGCGUAGAUUAAGUAUACAUCCUGAUGCUCUAUAUGCUAACACCACUCAUCACUCGACAAGUUCUUAUUCCCUUGCUCGAUCGUUUCUAUGCACUGGUAAAAGUCUUACUUAUCCAUCGCUUGUCUACUUAGGUUUUAGAUUUCUCAGAGUACUCGAUAUAAUCGUAAUACAUUUUUCCGAGUUCCCAAGUGACAUCAUUAGACUUUUUCAUUUAAGAUAUCUUGGUUUCACAUAUAAAGGCCCGCUUCCUCCAUCCAUAUCAAAACUCCGGAAUUUACAGACAGUUGUUCAUCAUAACUGGACAUUUGGCAAGUAUCCCUUGCUUCCUAUUGAGAUCUGGACUAUGCCCAAUCUAAGGCAUUUGUAUUUUAUGCCAAGUUGUUUGCCUGAUCCUCUUGGUGGCCAAGUUCUUGCGAACAAUUUUGUUGUUCUGGAAAACCUUCAAGCACUUUUGGACAUAAGAAACUUCAGAUGUAGCAAAGACAUCCUCAAAAGAAUACCAAAUCUAAAGAAACUGGGAAUUUCCUAUGAUGUCUCCUCUCAGGCAUACGUAGAUUGGUCGCAGUUCGAGCUUGAGUCCCUUGUCAAUCUACAUCAACUCGAGACUCUUAAGAUCGUUAUUAAGAAUGAUCCUUAUCGAACAUCCAAAUUUGUGAAUCCACCACAGCUUGCUUUCCCACAGAAGCUUAAAAGAUUAACUCUGAGUGGUUGUGGACUUCCUUGGGAAACUAUGACAAUAGUUGGUUCAUUACCAAAUCUUGAAGUCCUCAAACUGAAAAAGGAUGCAUGCCGAGGCCAAGAAUGGGAGCCAGUCGAAGAGCAAUUUUGUCGACUUAAAUACCUGUUACUUGAAGAAUUAGACCUUGUGCAGUGGAGGACUAAUGAAGCACACUUCCCCUGUCUUCAAAGCCUAAUUAUCAGGUCUUGCUUCAGACUAAGGGAGAUUCCUUCUGCUAUUGGUGAUAUAACGACGCUUCAAAUGAUCGAGUUGGUCGACUGUCACCCUUCUGCUGUGACUUCGGCAAAGCAAAUACAAGAGGAACAAGAAAGCAUGGCAAAUGAGGAUCUGAAAGUUUGCAUUGAGCUGAAGCGGAGAUUCAAGGACAGGUUCAGUUCUCGCAUUCUUCGUUGAAAGCAAACGAUAGCUGAAGACUAAGAACAAUGACCUCGCUCCAUCAACUCCUUGAAUCACUCAACUCUCUUCAGGAGGUUCUCGGUCUGUGGUCUGCUCCGGCCAUCUAAUUUGGAGUAUAGGGAGAAUGAAACAUGUUAGAAAGCUGCAAGAAAAGCUUCGGGUAUCCUGUACUGUUCCACUAUAUAUAUCGAUGAACGACGUUGCAUAAUUUUUGUUAUCUUCGAUAUUUUCUGGUCUGUGACUUCUACUUUCCAGGCUAUGAUUAAGGUUGUGAAUAAGGCAUGCUUGUCUGAAGGACAAAUGUGCCAGUAAACAUGAAUACAAAGUCAAGAUUCUUGUUUCUUGUAUUAGCUUAGUUGGUCAUAUACAUAUACUGCAAUUUGGUUUAAUUCUAAGUUGUCUUAGGAGAAUUGCUUGUAGAAUUAAGGGAUUCGGGCAAAGUCACAAACAGUUGUUUGUUCUAUUUUUGCUAUUAACUUGUCUACAGUAAGGUUUCCCAUUUAAGUUUGCUCAUUUGGAGAGCACUGUCUGUGAUGCUGGCUCAUAUGCUCAUAUACAAAAGGGAAGGGUAAAUUAUGUCUGACGUACUAUGAAAUUAGGGCUAAUUAUAUAAAUAUUUUUUGUUCUUUGUAAAAUUACGAAUAUACCUUUUAAAGGCGUGUCAAU